AGCACUGUUCUUAUCGCGGCCGGCAUUUCCACGUCAGUUUUAUUAUUGUUUUCGAAUUUAACGCUCUGCAAAAAUGCUCCUGAAAGGGUUUCCUGUUAUCCUGGGACUCGUAGUCCUGUUUCAGUUCACUAGGGGGGACUCCCCCGAAGAGGAACAGGGAGUUCGCUAUGCAAACCGGUGCGAGGCCUGCAAGAUCCUGGCCACCGAACUGGAGGCGCGUCUUGGAGAAACCGGAAAAUCCCACGACGUUAUAGAGAUAGGAUACUCCGUGGACGAUGUGAAGCCCAAGAAGCGCACCGAAUAUCGCCGCAGCGAAUUGCGACUGCUGGAAUCCCUGGAGAACGUUUGCGAGCGCGUUCUGGAGUACAAUCUCCAUAAGGAGCGCUCUGACAGCACCAGAUUCGCCAAGGGAAUGUCGCAGACCUUCCAAACCCUCCAUGGUCUUGUGGACAAGGGCGUCAAAGUGGAUCUGGGAAUACCCUACGAGCUGUGGGACAAGCCUCCAGUGGAGGUCACCCAAAUGAAGACACAGUGCGAAAAUUUGCUGGAGGAGUACGAGGAAACCAUCAGCGAUUGGUACUUCAAGCACCAGGAAGAGAAAUCCCUGAAGAAGCACCUCUGCGAGGACCAUGUCCUCAAGAAAAAGGCCGAAAGAGAAUGUCUCAAGGAGCAACUGGCACCACCGGAGGCGAAAAAAGCGAAAAAGGAAAAACCCAAGGGCGAAAAGGAGGAGCUGUGAAGGAAUUCGUGCCCUGUUAUUAUUUUGUAUCGUGAAAAGUAGGUGAACUUUAGUAUUUUCCACCGAUCAAAGCUAAAAGUGUUUAAUUAGCUUAAGUAAACUCACUGUCUCUCAAUUUUAUUUGUAAAAUCCUUCCACAACGACUGAGCCACAAAAUGUUACUGACAGUUUCGCCUGGCCAUUGGCUUAUUGAUUUUGGCCACGAAUUGGGGUCGACAAUUAAGAGUUGACUGCCCUUAAUGAGGUGGCCUGCCCAAACCACCGCCAGAAACGCCAGGUGUUUACACCUUACCAAAUUUAUAUUUGAGAUUUCAAGCAUUUCCCGGCAAACUCCGGCAUCGAAUCAACGAUUUUCCUCGUAUGUCAGUGAAUUUGUAUCAAAAACUUAGAAUUUACUUUAAAAUAUAUUAAAUAAAUGUAAAAUAAAUAUA